GUCGAGCGGCGCAGACAGAACGGAGAGGAGCGGAGGAGAGAAAAAUGAAAUAAAACCACAUUCACAGACAGGAGCUGGACUGCUGACAUCAACAGACACAAAGAGCAACAACUUCGGACUAAACCGAAAGAAUAAAGCUGUCAGGUCUGAAGUCACCCACCGAGUACUAUAGCAAAAUGAGAACCGAAGAGGCUUCAGGCACGGUCCUGCACCGACUGAUCCAGGAGCAGCUUCGCUAUGGAAACCCCACAGACGCUCGCACCCUCCUGGCCAUCCAGCAGCAGGCCCUGCGGAGAGGAGGAGGCAGCGGAGGCACUGGAUCUUCUCAGUCUUCCUCAGAAAGCCUCUCCCAGGAGGAGCCUCAGUCCCCGAAGCUCUCUGCCAGGCAGGAGCCCCAGGGCCAGGAGCACCAGGCUGAUUACCAGCACUCUGAAAGCUACCAGCUUUACUCCCACCACCACGAGCAGCUCCCCACGUACGAGCAAGCCAAGGUGCACUCGCAGUAUCUGGCGUCUCAGUGGUACCACAAUGGACAGGCUAGCAAAGACUACUUGCUGGAGAACAGCCUGAGCGGCAUGCAGCCCUAUGAAGACGAGAGGUGGGAUGGCAAGCGUGGCCAUGCUAGGUCACUCAGCGAACGGCUGAUGCAGCUGUCGCUCCAGCGCAAGGCUGCGGAGGCCUCCCCAGCCCCCAUCAGCUCCUCCAGUAGCUACCCGCAGAUAGCCGGCUACCACGCCGGCCAGCACUUAGCGCAGGGAUCUAAGGAUAAGCACGGCCCUUGGCACAAGUAUCCGCUUCACCUUCAGACACAAGCGGCAACGCUAAACCCCACGCAGGAGUAUGAGCAUUUCUACACUGCACCUCCACCAGCUUUCCACAGCCAGCACAACAGGCUCGUUCCACCAGUGCAGUCGCCUGAAGUGCGCCAUGUGUUCUCCAGUGCGCCCCCUGCAGGCAGGGAGGUAUUGACACUCGGCUGCAACCAGACGGAGCUGCUGAUGAAGGAGAAUGAGAGACUGAGGCAGGAGCUGGAGGGUCAUGUGGAGAAAGCAGCCAGGAUUCAGAAGCUGGAGCAGGAGAUCCAGCGGAUUUCUGAGGCGUAUGAGACGCUGAUGCAGGGCUGUGUGAAGAGAGAGGCUCUGGAGCAGACGCUCAGGAACAAGCUGAUGGCCGAGGUUAAGAGACUGCAGGAACUCAACACUGAGCUCAGAGACAGCCUGGAGAACACCAGCGCUCGGGCAGCGAAAGACGUGGAAGCUGCUGACCACAACCAGCAUGUCAUGACCAAGCUCCUCAUGCAGAUCGAGGAGCAGAAGCUGCAGUGCGUGCGGUUGGAGCGCGACGUGGACGCUCAGCGGCAGCGAGCCGAAGCGCUGGAGCGAGACUUGAGCUCGGCGCACGCGCACAGUUGGCAGCUGCAGGCGGAGCUGCAGAGGAAGAGCGCGUAUGUGGAGCAUGUGGAGCGCCUGCAGGGGGCGCUGGCUCAGCUACAGGCCACCUGCGAAAAGAGGGAGGGGCUAGAGCUGAGGCUACGAACGCGACUGGAGCAGGAGCUGCGCACACUCAGAAACCAGCAGAGGCAGACCCAGGCAUGUCUGACCAGCGAUCCAGCGUCCUCGGUGAAUGUCGCCGCCCUGCUGGAGCGUCUGAGGGAGCGCGAAGAACGGAUUUUGGCCCUGGAGGCCGACAUGAUGCGCUGGGAGCAGAAAUACCUGGAGGAGAGCACCAUGAGGGAGUUCGCCAUGGACGCAGCGGCCACUGCUGCUGCCCAGAGAGACACCACCAUCAUCAACCACUCGCCCUGCCAUUCAACCAAGAACAGUUUCAGUGAGGAUUUGCCCCACGCUGAGCUCAGGAACCAGGAGGUGGAGAACAGGAUCCGUACUUUAUACGGGCAGAUCCUGGAGAAGGACGCUGUGAUUAACGUUCUCCAGCAGCGACUCCAGCAGGACCAAGAGAAGGGUGAGGUGGAAGAGGGUGUGUCCACUGUAAGCCCCACCCCCUCGUCUAACACAAGCCCUGCCCAGAACACAGGGAAGAGUCAUGCAGACGGGCAGACAGCUGGCGUGUCCCGCCUUUGCCGUGUUGCGGCUGUAGUGUGUAAGGCCAGGAGCCGGGCUGAGCCUGCAGCUUUGACCACAGCCACAGAGCAGAACUCCAGCACAGAGCCCAGUCACGAUUCCAUUCAGCAACAGACCCCACCGCCUCUCAACCCUUUCAAAGGCCUGGACAGCGUGGAGGCUGAGGCAGUGGAAAUCUUCAUAUGAGUUCCGUCAGUCUUCCUUGCAUGAUCAAGACUUUGUAGAGACAAUGGAGCCACAGACAUGGCAGCUGAUCCCUCCAGAGAAGGGCAGGAAUGCAGCAGUUUUGGAUGACGGAGCUGCCUGGAGGACCCAAAGCUGAGCUUUUGUGGACAGCUCUCUAAAUGAAUGUGAAGCUCAAGCUGGUCUUCGGGUCUUUGGCGUUUUUUGUAUGCAAAUUCUUCGGGGUACUCGUGCAGUAGAGCGGUUUGUGAGUUGGACGGGAUGCUGAGAAAUCCUCAAGAGUCAAAAAGAACUCCAACUCGAAAGACAGUGCCGUACAGUACGGUGCAGUACACAGUAGUGCAAAACUAGGCUCAGAACCCAACAAACAUAAUGUUGCAGGACAGUGUAAGACUGGUAGAGUAAUGAAUCAGAAUGUGACCAGAGCAAAAGAGUGCAGGCAAAUAAAUUAAUCGCAAAUUAUACACAGACUGUAACAGCGAAAUUCUCACUACUUCACAGUGCUUAUUUUGGUAUGCUGCCACAUGCCAACGUCUUUACUAUAUUAAUGGUGUUUCUAAGGACGAGGGACUCCAACAGUCCAUGUAUAUAAUAUGGUAAGGCUGUUUGGACCAGGGCUGCAACAGUUAAUCAACAAAGCAGAUCAAGGCUAUAAUACUUUAUAAUGUUCAUACGAUCCACACAGUCAUUCUGACAGACUGUAAUACACUACAGGAAGUGUAGGGGGCGACAUGGCUUCUACUGUUUCAUUUAAAAAGCCUCUAUAAUGUUCAUAUGAUCCACACAGUCACUCUGACAGACUGUAAUACACUACAGGAAGUGCAGGGGGCGAUACAGCUUCUGCUGUUUCAGUUAAAAGCUAAUUCGAGAGGAACCAAAGAACAUAUAGUGGUCAUUUAGUCAAUUAAUUGAAUAAUCGAUGGUCGCUUAACCGACUAUAGAAGUAACAGUUAGUUGCAGCCCUAUUUUGGACCGUUUUGCUGCCUUUCCGUGAAAUCCCUUGUUGAAAAGUGCCUCAUGCCUAAACUGGGUUUACAGUCCUUUGUUCCUUCUCUCACCACGGCACAGUUGAUCUCACCACAUUCCUAUUCUAUUGAAUUUUCUCCCGGAGGCUCAGAUUGGUCUGUGCGGUUUUACAGCUCCACCUGAACUGCAUGUUAUAAAUGGUGAACAUUCUUGUCUUUCCCCCCCUGGAAGGCGGGGAAAAUGAAGCAGUGUUCUCUGUUACACUCUUUCUGUGAAGACUCACCAGACGAUGUUUAGCACAAGCGGGUGGAAUUGUAUUAUAAAUUAUUUUGCCGCUCUUAAUUUUAUCCUUUAUUUUAUCUUUGAACGUGCAUUUUCUCCUACAGUGCAUCUGCUGGUCAGUGUGCUCUAUGGACAAACAUGUUAAGCUACAUACUAUUUGCUUCUGUUUUGUUUCGUUUUUUUUUUUUGUUUACAUUUACUGUGUUUCGAAGUAAAAUUAUUAAUAUAUUUUGUAAGAAAUAAAGCCUUUAUGUUAAUGGAAUGUAGUGCCAAGGACCUGAUGCCAAAGACUUUCAGCAUUUCAUUGAAGUUAUACUGUUCAUUCCAGAAAGCUUUGUAUAUUAACCAAGGGUUGAGCUCUCGAUGCUGCGUAAAAGAUGUGAACGUUCUGGAACAUUUCACAUACGUGAAAGAGAAAUAAAGGUAUUAAUAUAUAGAA